UAAACUGCUUAGCAAAUGUGGGCCAAUAAAUGAAUGGAAUAAUUCUAUGUUUUACUUUUUCUUUAGCUUGUUUACAAAAUAGAAGAAUUUUGGCAUGAUUUCUCAGAUUGUUUCCGUUCUUUACUAGUAUGAUAUUAUGAAUCGGAUGAUAAUUUAUGAAACAAUGGAGGAAUUAACUAUGAGUUAUUAUAAAAAUAGUCUUGCAAAUAAAACUCUCUCCCCAAGGCUUUUAAAAAUAUUUAAUUGCUUUCAGAAUCAUAGAUCAUUAUGAAAAGUAUAUUUAAUUCUUCACAGCUAUGUCAACUAUUACUAAAUGCAAGUUUUGUAAUCCAGAAACUGAACAUUUCAAUGUCUUGCGGUCAUUUUUACCUGGAGAUUAUGAAUAUGUGGUUUGUAGUUUUGAUGGAGACAAUAUUAAUUUCAAGACCCGUCUUCGAACAGACGGUAGGAACAGUACUUAUGCUCAUAAAUGGCUUGAAGACUUUCAAAUGCACUCUAAAUGUACUAUGAGAGUUGAAAGAACUUUUCCUCACUGUGGAACAAAAAAUGUUUUUAAGAUUGAUUUGCGUUGUCAACACAAUACUCGUCCAAGAAGUGAAAAAUCUAGAGAGAGAGAAUCAUGCAAAAAUACAGAUUGUCCUGCAAAAAUGUGUAUCACUAUAAAACGAGUUGUAACAGAAAGAAAGAGCAGAUCGAAGGAUCCUCAUUUACCUGACCACCCAACUGUAAUUCAGAUGGAUUUCUGCCACAACCAUGCUAUUCUUACACCAGAAAUUCUAAAACAUCGAAGUGUCCUUCCUGAUGUGAAAGAAAAGAUAUUAACUUUGUUUAAGUUUGGACAUAAUCCUGCCACAGCUUUAGAUAUGCAUAAGUAUGAUUUAUUAUUGGAGCAUGGUGAAAAUUUUGAGAAAAUAUGUCACGAUAGAGCUUUGUUGCCGGAUCCCCAAUUCUGUUAUAGGCUUUAUUAUAAAAUAGUAAGGAAGCAAGGUAACUUAUGUAAUGGGGAGAAAGAUGAUGUUCAAAAUAAUCCAACUACAAACCUGCCUGACAAAAAACCAUUGACUACUCUCUCGAGUUUUGAAAAUUCUUCUUUCAACUCGCACCAAAACGAUGGUUUGCACUCUGCGACUUUAUCGCAAGACUCUUUAAGCAAUCCUGAUAAAAAAUCUAAAAAGAAACGUAGACUGGAAAAUUCAGUGAUUGAUCUGAAAGAAAUGUCCAUUCAGUUAGAAGAUUUGCUGUGCAAGUUUUGCGAGAGUGGAGGUUUUGCUGGUAUGCAACUGAUAGAAAAUAAUACAGUUAUGGCAUUAUGCACGCCAUUAAUGCAUCGUAUACAUAAUCUUGUGAAGAAUAGUGGUGAGAUAAUAUUUAUUGAUAGCUAUGGGGAAUUGGAAGAAUCAAACAAUUGCAGAGUUUUUUUGUUAGUGACAUAUAGCUGCAUUGGCGCAAUUCCAGUUGGUUGCUUAGUUACCACGUCCACUGAAAGUAUUUAUUUUAAGACUGCUCUUGAGAUAUGGAAGCAAAUAUUGCCCAAUGGCUGUUUCUACAAUAAGAAGGAUGGUCCAGAUAUAUUUUUCACGCAUGACGACGAAACAGAAAGACAGUGUCUAAAAGAGAUUUUUCCUAAAUCCCAGUUAUUAAUUUGUCUGUCGCAUCUCCUUCAAGCCACGUGGACUUUCCUUUCCGAUCGGAAAAAUGCAAUUAAGAAAGAUCACAGGUCGCAUUUAUUUUCAAAAGUCAAAGUCAUAUUGUUCUCCCAAACUGUUGAAGAAUUGGAGAUGAAUUAUGCUUACGUAAUUAAUGAUAAUUUAGUGAAAUCCUAUUCUUGUUGUUUAGAUUAUUUAAACCAUCUGUACAGCAUCAGGCACGAAUGGUCUCUUGUUUAUAGAAACUAUAUUAUACCUAAAGCAGCAACUGAUGUCUCAUUCUUUUGGGAGGCUGCUAUGAUAGUGCUGAAAGAUCCGAUUUUAAGCCGAACUAGGACUUACAACCCCUUGCAAAUCGUAGAUUUUUUGUCGAGGCUCGAUACUUAUUACGAAAGAAAACUCAUCGAUUUGGCCAACAGUCGUUUCGAUUCGGUUCGAUUGUCUCGCUUUCUUUUUAUCGAGCUGCCUCGAGAAGCUUACACGAUUACUCAGAAUUCGGAGAACGAAUACGAAGUGCACAACGAUACGAAAGAUACGACAUAUCAAGUGGACAUUACUCUAGGCAUGUGCGAGUGCAGGACAGGCAAAUCUGGUGCUCCUUGCAAACACCAGCUUCUGGUGUUCCGCAACUUUCCAGUUCCUAUCUACGACUGCAUCCCCCCUAACACGGUCGAAGAGAAAAACUCCCUCCUGCAUUUGGCUACGGGGCAAGCGAUAGAAAGUGAAUCUAGUAGUGAUAUAAUUACAAAAGCGGUUGAAUCCGCUAUGGAGGAGCCGUGUCCUACUCCGGAGAUAUUGCCGGAUUUGGAAGCAUGUGGUGACAACGACUUUUUCCUUGAAGAAAAUCCAUCAUGUGCAACAAUGGUGCAAAGCUCAGAGUUAAGUCAUCCCAGUGUUCUCAACGAACCCAACUCGUCACUUUCUUUGCAAAAUGGAUCUUUAAUAGAAACAUCAGUCUUGGAUCAUCACUCUCCUAUUCAUUCGCAGGAUGUUGCCAUUCCUCAACACGGUUUACUUUCCCAGUUAGCUGCCAGUAAUCAUCAAUCCAUUUCCUUAAAUCAUCCAGUGAGUUCCCAAUUAAGCCAGCAGUUAGUAAACAUUGAAGAUAACAUUUCCCAUUUGCCUCACGGUUCAGCCGAAACUGCGAUCGUUCCGGCCCCUCCUCCUCCGCCACCACCCUGCCCUUCCGUUAGCAAUUUAGCGUCAGACGAGCAGGCUGUAACAGAGCUUUUAAACCAAAUUUUCUUGAAAUUAAAGGAAAGAACGAUGGUAUCACCUCAAAUUUUCAAGCCUGCUUUAGGAACUUUUUUGAAGAACUUAAAUAAUUUGUCUGCGGACUCUUCUCUCGAGUAUGCGCUCUAUUCUUUUGGAAAGUUUUCGAAAUCGGCCAGCCCUCUCUUCAAGAGAAAAAUAGUCAAUAAUAAAUUAAUCGGUUUUCAAUCUAUCGGUGACAUGAAGAGAAAAAAACUAUCUUUACAGACUCUUAGAAAUUCUACCUCAAAGAAGCAGUUAUAACAGCGAAAUGUAGAUUUGAUUUUUAAAAGUGUUACGAAUCAUUGUGUACAGUGUGCAAAAUAAGAAAAAAAUUUAGCGUCUGAAUAACUUUUGGUCAAAUGAUCAGAUUUUAUUGGUUUGACCUAAAAUGUGUUAAUUGAUUUGUGUGGGUGAUAUUUUAGGGUACAAAAUCGGGCAGAAAAACCUAAUUUUUCUGAUUAUUCAGAAAAAGUUGGUUUUUAAUAGGUAGUCCAAAAAAAAAAUAUAUUUAUGUACGUUUUUUUUCCCCAGGCAAUUUGGAUUUUUGACUUACAAAUUAUGGUCCCAAUAGAUCAGUCAUGAGGGUGGCAGAAAGUUUGAACUCUUUAUGUUAAAUUUGGCUAUUUUAUAGUUUGCCAUAUCACCCUAAAUAUUUAAAAGAACAAAUUUAUUUUUGCACACAAUU